CCUCCUCUCCCCGGCUUCAUAUCACCCGCUCUUUUAAAAAAAUACCCCUUUAAGGCACACGCGCCUCACCUUCCUCUCCUCCUCCUCCCGCCGCCUGAGGUAAACCCCGUCCCUCCUCGACCUCCUCACAAGCAGCGGUUUAACCGCCGCUUGCUCGCCCUCUCUCUUCCCACCCCCCUUCCACGGCGCACCCCAAUCUGGGGGCCGUUCUUUCUCUUUCGCCUCCAUUCGCUUCUCUUCCCUCCCCCUCCCCAACGUCCCUGAUUAAAAAACCCUCCCUUCCCUGCCCCACAUCCUAGCCCGAUUGCGGCCCCUCAGGCCCCCCCAAUAGGUCGCCCCUCCAAGUCAUAUAACCUGCUUAAUCUCUCUUUCCAACCUCCCCCUCCCCACUUCCCAGCCCCAUAGUGUUGCUGACGUCCCCCCCAACCUCCUCCCCAUUGAUCCCCUCCUCUCUUCCUGCCUCCUCAUUUCUAGGGGAGUGGAGGCAUCCAGAUUCCGCUCAAGCCAAGUGGUGAAACAGAAUCCUAAGCCCCCCCCUUUUAAAGUCAGGCUCCCCACUUCGUUUCCCCCACGCCAGAAGUGGUGGAGGCGUCGUUGCUUCUGCACUUCUCCUAUUUUCCUCACCGCAAAGCAGAAGUGAAAAUUGCACCGAAGUUCUGCAAAAUCUCUUCCUGAGUGGGGCACUCAGGUCAGUCCCUGAUUUUGGAAACUACUGGUCUCGACUCCUCUCCUGGCAGGAGCUCUUGGGCAUUAUGGCUCUCGCCCGUCGCCUGAUCACUUACCUGCAGGAUCCAGAGAAAGUGGCUCGUUUCCAGCAGCUGUGCGGUGUGGAAGUCUCCCCGGACUGGAAAGGAUCUGCCGCCUUGGCUAGGAUGGAGGAGUCGCAGGCCCAGCUGGCCAACGGGAGCUGCCCGGCAGCCCAAACGGAGGGCGAAGGGGCCGAUCGACACCGGUGCCCCAGCACCUUAAAGGGGGACGAGCAGGGCAACGGUUGGAACAUGAAUGGCAUGAAGAAUGGGUUGCUCUCUGGGGAAGCCUGUGGGGGGGAAUCCCAGCAAGAGGCCCAGAAGAAAGAAAAGAGGCAGAAUUGGGCUGCCAAAAGACAGCCUCGUCGCAACUCUCUGACAGGAGAAACUAUCUGUCAGGAGUUCUCCAUCCGCAGCCCCCUCCUUUAUUACCUGUUCAGCUUCGGCACAGAACUGGGCAAUGAACUCUUUUAUAUCCUCUUUUUCCCCUUCUGCAUCUGGAAUCUGAAUGCUUGGCUGGGCAGGAGGCUCAUCAUCAUUUGGGUUUGGGUCAUGUACCUGGGCCAGUGUACCAAGGAUGUUAUCCGUUGGCCAAGGCCUGCGUCCCCACCGGUGGUCAAGCUGGAGAUUUUCUAUAACUCUGAAUACAGCAUGCCCUCUACCCAUGCUAUGUCAGGCACAGCCAUUCCCAUGGCACUAGUUUUGUUCAGUUAUGGACAGUGGCAGUAUCCGUUGAUAUAUGGUCUGAUUCUUAUUGUCUGCUGGUGUUCUCUGGUUUGCUGUAGUCGAAUAUAUAUGGGAAUGCAUUCAAUCCUGGAUGUGAUUGCUGGGUUCUUUUAUGCUGUUCUCAUCUUGGCUGUCUUCCUUCCAGCUGUGGACCUAGUUGACAGGUUCAACGUAACCUGCAAGUAUGCACCACUUAUUAUCAUCAGUCUUCAUCUUGCCUUGGGGAUUUUCUCCUUCACUCUAGAUACCUGGAGCACAUCCCGAGGGGACACAGCUCAGAUCUUGGGUUGUGGUGCUGGAGUUGCAUGUGGCUCUCAUGUUAACUACCUGCUGGGCCUAAUGCCAGAUCUUCCACCAGAGAUGUUUCCAUUGGUGACACCCUCCCUGACUGUGACUCUCGUCGGAAAAGCCAUGCUGCGGUUAUUGAUUGGAGUGGUGCUUCUGUUACUAGUAAAAACGGGCAUGAAGAAAAUCACCAUUCCACUGGCCUGUAAAAUAUUCAAUGUACCUUGUGGUAAUAUUCAACAAGCCCGGCAGCGCAUGGAAGUUGAACUGCCUUAUCGCUAUUUUACCUAUGGGAUGGUUGGAUUCUCACUGGCUUUCUUGAUUCCUGCCCUCUUUCAUGUAAUGGGACUGUCUUGAUGCAGGUGUUUUCCUUAUGUGGGAAGGGUGGUGGAUGGUUAAUAUAUAAGAAAAGGUACACUGUUGGAGAAAUGCAGAAGUAUGGUCUUGUACUGCUUCUGUGAAAGUAACACAUGGCAGGUAAAGAGAGCUCAGAAUUUUGAUACCAAGAUAAAGACCUAGACCUUCAGGAAAAUGCCAUGUUGAGUCUUACUGUUGUAACAAAAUGUAUACUGUGUGCGUGUAUGUAUGCAUAUAUACUGUUGAUGCCACAGACUAUAAAUGUACCUCUCUUUAUUUGGACAUGUUAAAACAGAUAUGUUUAUAGCCGACCCCAAAGUUCUGUCAGUUUAGGCCAUUUGAUUCCUUGGACCACAGAUUGCUACAAAGGAAAAGUUUGUUUUUCUUGUAUCUUUGCACUCUCAAAUAUUUGAUGCAAAAAAGGAAGAUACAAUGGACCAAAUUUCUGAUCUGGCUUAUGGGUAUUAUAGAAGCUUUUCUAUAUUCUAAAUAAUUUUUAUUUACAAGUACAAAUCACUUAAAUCCAGGUACUGUAUUUUUUUUUUUUUUUUGCUUGAUAACUGUGCCUUUUGUUGCUAAAGCACCAUAUACUGUGAUGUGUAUAUAAAAGCCCAGAACUAUUUUUAAUUUUUACUGAAUUAGGCAGAUAUUUUAAAGUGCAACUUAGUUGCAUAACCAUUAAAAAUAAAUAAUUUGUCGUCUUGUACAUAAAAAAAUGAGCUGAAGCUUAUUUUGGAAUUCACAAGGCAUGAACCAGAUGUUUAAUUCACUUUUGUAGAUAUUUCUAAGUGCAAUGUUUGUUGUUGGAAGAGCAUAUUUUUCUGCUGAUUUAUCUUAAUUUAUAAUAUACAAGUGCUGUGUCCAAAAGAGAGAGUACUAAAAUUGCAUAUCCAAACUAUGACGUUAUUAAGUCCAAAUUACUUUUUUUCCAUAUUUAUUUCUUUCAAACUCAUUUUGGAUGAACUCACUCUUUUCACAACAUUGGCAUAAGAGGAAACAUCAGUAAGACCUGCAUAUAAUGCAAUGAGAACUGUUUCUCUCCAAAUUAAUAGGUUGACCAGGCACAUAUAGGUACAGUCGUGCCCCGCGUAACGAUUACCCUGCAUUAUGAUGAAUAUGCUUCACGAUGAUG